GCGAAGAUGGAGGAGGAGGCGGGGGGGCGGCGGGGCGCGCGCCGGGCGGCACCGGGGGGACCCCAGGGCUCCCUGGCGGCGCGGGCACAGCCCCGGUGCCCCGGCCGGCGCUGACGGACACGCGCCUCUGCGAGCCCCCCGGCACCCGCGGGCCACCAUGGACCCCCAGAGCGACGCAGAGGGGGGGUCCGGCCGUGAGCCCCCGCUGGAGCUGCUGCCCCGUGUCCCCCUGCACGCUGCCCUGCCCGCCCCAGCGUGUCCGGCGGGGCCGGAGGGGCCGGGGCCGGAGGCAGGGGUGGACGCGGGGCUGGCGGCGGCGCGGGAGCAGCAGCAGCUGCAGCGGGAGCUGGUGGCCCUGAAGCAGCAGCAGCAGCUCCAGAAGCAGCUGCUCUUCGCCGAGUUCCAGAAGCAGCACGAGCACCUCACCCGCCAGCACCAGGUCCAGCUGCAGAAGCACCUCAAGCAGCAGCAGGAGGCCCUGGCAGCCCGGCGGCAGCAGGAGCUGGAGCAGCAGCGGCAGCGGGAGCGGCAGGAGCUGGAGCAGCAGCAGCGCCUGGAGCAGCUCCAGAGCCUGCGCCCCAAGGACCGGGGCCGUGACAGCGCCAUCGCCAGCACGGAGGUGAAGCUGAAGCUCCAGGAAUUCCUGCUCAGCAAGACAAAGGAGCCGGGCCCCGGCCCCAACCAUUCCCUCCCCCAGCACCCCAAAUGUUGGGCUCACCACACCUCGUUGGACCAGAGUUCCCCCCCCCAGACCGGCAGCCCGGGGACCCCCCCGUCCUACAAGCUCCCCCUCCUCGGCACCUACGACGGCCGGGACGAUUUCCCGCUCCGCAAAACCGCCUCGGAGCCCAACCUGAAGGUGCGCUCGCGGCUGAAGCAGAAGGUGGCGGAGCGGAGGAGCAGCCCCCUCCUGCGGCGCCGCGACGGCUCCGUGCUCAGCGCCUUCCGCAAGCGCCACGUUGAGAUCACCGUGUCAUCGGUCUGCAGCAGCGCCCCCGGGUCGGGGCCCAGCUCCCCCAACAGCUCCCACGGUGCCCACAACGGCCUGGCCGCCUCCGUCCCCAACAUCCACAGCGAGCUCCUGCCCCAGCCCCACGCCCUGGCCCUGGACGGGGCCCAGCUCAGCCUCUACACGUCCCCGUCGCUGCCCAACCUGUCCCUGGGGCUGCAGGCCACUGUCACCGUCACCAUGCCACCGCUGUCCCCGCAGGUGUCCCCCAAGCUGUCGCCACAGGCGGAGGGCGAGCGGCCGGGGGUGCCCCCGGGGUGUCCCCCGCUGCCCGGGGCCGCCCUCACCGGGAAGUUCCUGAGCACGUCCUCGAUCCCGGGGUGCCUGCUGGGGGUGGCCCUGGACGGGGACGCCCCGGCCGGGUCCCCGUCCCUGCUGCAGCACGUGCUGCUGCUGGAGCAGGCGCGGCAGCAGAGCACCCUCAUCGCUGUGCCCCUGCACGGGCAGUCCCCGCUGGUGACGGGGGAGCGCGGGGGGCUCCCCGGGAGCAAACUGCCGCGGCACCGGCCCCUGAGCCGCACCCAGUCGUCCCCGCUGCCCCAGAGCCCCCAGGCCCUGCCCCACGGCCCCCUCCAGCACCACUUCCUGGACAAGCAGCAGCUCAAGCUGCUCCCCAAGGGGGGGAGCUGGCACGGCAGCCCCCCACCCCACCCCGAGGAGACGGAGGAGGAGCUGACGGAGCAGCAAUCGCCCCCCCCGGGGAGAGAGGCCCCCCCCUCGCCCUGGUGUCCCCAGAGGCCGGGGACCCCCCGGAGCAGCCACAGGACCCCGAGGGCUGCCAGGAGCCGGGUGACAGCGGGGACGAGGCCGAGGCCCCUGGGGACCCCGACGUCACUGAGCUGGGCGUCACCUACAAGCAGGUGUACCCCGAGGCGCCGCUGCAGCUCUUCCCCGCGCCCCCCCUGGGGGUCCUGGCUCUGCCCCACCCCGCCCUCGCCGCGCACCCAAUCGUCCCCCGCCAGCGUCAACCCCCCCAGCCCGAGGGGCCCCCCCAAGCACCUCUUCACCACAGGGGCCAUGUUCUUCAUCGUCGUCAUCACCUUCAUAGCCAUCACCGUCCUCCUCCUCAUCUUCCACAUCAUCCGCAAGCUCUGCCAGGACCCCGUGCCCCCCCCCGCCUACAGGUGCCCGCAGGGCGCCGCACCCGCCCCGCCCUACAGAGACCCCCAGGGCUCCGUGCCCCCCGCGCUGACCCUGGUGCCCACGCUGCCCAUUCUGCCCAGCGCCGCCAUCCCCGUAGGGCUGGAGCCCCCGCCCUACAGCGAGGUGACAGCCAAGCCCUUCCUGUACCCUCUGCCCGGGGGGCCGUGCCCCGAAUGUGGCCACAACCCCGCAGCUCAGCCCCGCUUCCCCACCCGGACCUAGAGGUGACCCCCUCCAAGGACAGCUGGUGACAACGCUCCCCUUCACUCGGGGGGACAUGGACCCUUCAGGACCACUCGGAUGGCCUGGGCUCGUGGCCCCCCAUUUCCACAAGCCAUCCCACUGAGAAUUCCCCUAUUUAUUAUAUUUAAA